AUGGCCGAGGUGGUGAGCGAUUUCGUGUCCAACUCGUCGCGCUUCCACAGCAGUCAUACGAUGGUAGCUGGCUCUGGUCAGCAGCGAACUCCAGCUGAAUCCCCAUACCGUCAACGCCCUCGAUCGGCAGUCGAGCCUCCCCUGUCUCCGCGCAACCAACCCACCGCCUCAGCACCGGGAACUCCUCCUUCUACCUCCUCCGCUCGAACUCUCCCAAUUGUGGCUAGUGAUGCGGUCAGUCGAUCAGGAAGCGCGAAGACAGAGCCUCACACACCUCCAGCGAGCUCUAGUCCAGUAACUCCCGCGACCAAGCAACGGAUCUUAAGCCAGAAGGAAUUUCCGGAAUCGCCAGCACCAGUCCUUGAAUCCUCAACCGAGUCGCGUCCGAAGAAGGAGGAGACAUCGCCAUUACAAGCCUCGCCAAUCCAGAGAUCGGCUAGGUCGCUGGAUGAUGUAAAGAGGUAUGGAGGAAACACCAUCAAGGUCCGGGACCUGGCACACAUCCAAAGAUUCGCUACGGAAGAGUUCCUUUCAUACAAAGGCCAAUCAGGGCGUUUGCGCACAGCAGAUGAUCCAGCGUUGAAGUACGAUAUCAGUGGGAUGCCCAUUUCAGAUAUAAUCGAGAUGGUAGCAGGGCUUCUGACCAAGAUUACAACUACAAAUGACCGGCAGCAUGAGAGCCUCCACCGACCUCUUCCUUCGGGUGAGGCAGCCAACUUCAGCGGGCAAUCUUCUAGUGUCCUGGCUUUCCACGGAAAGAAUGUACCGAGUAUUACGAUUCUGAGCUAUCUGAGCCGCAUACACAAGUACUGCCCAACAACCUACGAAGUAUUCCUGAGUUUGCUGGUUUAUUUCGACAGGAUGACGGAACGGGUCAAUGCAGGCACAAUUCAAGCUCUGAACAAGAAUACUGUUGACCAGGGGAGCUCCCCACCAUCUUCAGGAUGUUCCGCAGAAGGAUCAGACUUAGCAGACAGCCCCCCAGCAAAAACCUCUAGGAGUGUGCCUGAGCUGUCGGCGGAGCUAGAGAGGGCACAGUAUCCGCAUGCACCACCCCGUGAACAAAGUCCUGGCACAUUCCCCCUUUCCCAUUUCUUUGUCGUUGACAGCUUCAAUAUCCACCGCUUGGUCAUCGCGGGAGUUACCUGCGCGAGCAAGUUCUUCUCUGAUGUAUUUUACACAAACUCUAGAUAUGCAAAGGUUGGUGGACUUCCCCUACCUGAACUCAACCACCUCGAACUCCAAUUCCUGCUCCUCAACGACUUUCGCCUUUCUGUGCCCGUAGAGGAAUUAGAAGCCUAUGGCACUAUGUUGGUUGAAUUCUACGCUCGUGAGAUCAUUGCUCAGCGCUCGGGCCAGUUUCCGCUCGACAUGGGGUAUCCGGAUGACAGCAAAGCAGCUUUGGCUUCGGCUUCUCCUUGA